CUUUAUCAUAACCUUUCGGAAAAGUCAUUUGAAGACUUUUCAUUUUUCUAUGCUUCGAUUUUCAUUCGGGAUUUAAAAUGUUUUUCGCCUUUUUUGUGUUAAAUUUUGUAUUUCUAGUUCACGGAAGUCCCGUAUUGCGAGCAGGAUGCGCGCCUUAUCCUAAAGACUGUAAAAUGGAGUGUGUAUCGAUUGCUACUGAUGGAUGUAUUGUUUGUAAAUGUCCUUCAAGUAAUUCUGGAACCGGAAGUGGGAGUGUUUUAGGAACCCAGACUUCAGUAUCAACUGGUAUCCACCAAACAGGCACUAGAUGUCCUGCCUAUCCAAAGGACUGUAGUAAUGCCGCCAUUGAUUCAAACACUGGAUGUGUUAUCUGUUUGGGUUCUGGUCCAGGACCGAGUAGCACUGGGACAGGAACUGGGAUGAAUAGUGGUGCUACUUUAACAGGAAGUGGAGGUCAAACACAAACAGGUACUGGUUGUCCAACAUUUCCAAAGGGUUGUCCUACGGCUUGUGUUUCAAUAGACACCAUGGGAUGUGUGUUAUGCAAGUGCAGCAAUAAUACGCAAGGAACAGGUGUCAGUAGUAAUACCGGAACAGGAAAUACAAAUCUCGUUAAUGGACCCGGAUGUGCACCUUUUGAUGAAUAUUCAUGCCAGAAGAGCUGUAUAAAGACUGAUACAGACCAUUGCUUAGUGUGUGAUUGUUCAACAGGAACAUCUAAAGGAUCAGGAGGAUGCCCACCUUUUGAUGUCAGUAACUGUGAUAUGAGUUGUGUUGGGAUGGACUCGAUGGGUUGCUUAAGUUGUAACUGUCCACAAACAACGACUUCUGCAUCUGCUGGAGGAACUACACAAGCGCCAUCUAGUGGAGGAGGCCAAGGAGCAGGAGGAUGUCCUCCCUUUGAUGUAUCAGUAUGUGACAUGGACUGUGUUGGAAUGGAUGACAAUGGAUGUUUGAGUUGCAAUUGUCCAGCAUCGACAGCGGCGCCUGCUGGAGGAACAACACAAGCGCCAUCUAGUGGAGGAGGUCAAGGAGCAGGUGGAUGCCCACCCUUUGAUGUGUCAACAUGUGACAUGGACUGUGUUAGUAUGGAUUACAAUGGAUGUUUGAGCUGUAGCUGUCCAGCAUCGUCAGUUAGUCCAGGUACAACAAAUUCCUCUAGUUCAGGAAAUCAGACCUCUGGAGGUCAUGGUGCAGGAGGCUGUCCGCCAUUCGAUGCUUCGGUCUGUGACUUGAAUUGUGUAUCAAUGGAUUCGUCUGGUUGUUUAAGCUGUAAUUGUGCAGCAUCAACAGUUGCACCUUCAGGAGGUACAACACAAGCACCAUCUACUGGAGGAGGUCAAGGAGCAGGUGGAUGCCCUCCCUUUGACGUGUCAACAUGUGACAUGGACUGUGUAAGCAUGGAUGCAAACGGAUGUUUGAGCUGUAGCUGUCCAGCAUCUACAGUGGCACCUACAGGAUCAACAAUAGCUACGACCACAGGAAAUGGUUCAGGCGGGGGACAAGGUGCCGGUGGAUGUCCACCAUUUGAUGUUUCAACGUGUGAUAUGAGUUGUGUAGUUAUGGACUCGAAUGGAUGCUUAAGCUGUAAUUGUCCACUAACAACAGUAUCAUCUGGAUCUAACACAACAGUGGUAACAGGAACUACACAGCCACCCCAGGGCGCAGGUGGUUGUCCAGCUUUUGAUGCGUCAACCUGCGAUAUGAGUUGUGUUGCCAUGGAUUCUAAUGGAUGUCUAAGCUGUCACUGUCCAGACACAACCGUAUCAUCUGGAUCUAACACAACAGUUGUAACAGGAACUACCCAGUCACCCCAGGGUGCAGGUGGUUGUCCAGCUUUUGAUGCUUCAACUUGUGAUAUGAGUUGUGUUGCCAUGGAUUCAAAUGGAUGCCUAAGCUGUCACUGUCCAGACACAACCGUGGCUUCUGUGACGACUACUACAGCUGCAUCGGGAACAACAGCUUCAUCAGGAGGUGGACAAGGAGCUGGUGGAUGUCCUGCCUUCGAUGUUUCUACCUGUGAUAUGAAUUGUGUGUCAAUGGAUGCUAAUGGUUGUCUUGGUUGCAAAUGUCCUGUUUCAACAGUAAGUUCUGCCACGACAACAGCUACUGCAUCAGGAACAACAGCUGGAGGUGGCCAAGGAGCUGGUGGAUGUCCUGCCUUCGAUGUCUCUACUUGUGAUAUGAAUUGUGUUUCUAUGGAUUCAAAUGGUUGUCUUGGUUGCAAAUGUCCUGUAACAACAGCCGCUCCUGCAACAACAGCGGCAACUGCUGGAACUACCAUUGCGGCAACUUCUGGAACUACUAAUACGCCCUCUGGUGGAAACGGAAACAAUGGCGGUUGUCCAGCUUUUGAUACAAAUCAGUGCGACAUCAAAUGUACAAAAAUGGAUGUCAAUGGCUGUCUCCAUUGUGAAUGUCCAGUUUCCAACAAUAGCACAGUUAAUACUUUUGGUCCUGGCACACUUGGAGGUGGUACAGGGGGAACAUCUAGUAACAAUGGUGGAUGUUCUGCAAUAAGUCCCGGAUGUGAUAUAAGCUGUCUGCAAAUAAACAGUAAUGGAUGUGUCAUAUGUUCUUGUAAAUCAACAACAAUAAAACCGUUGGUUCGUACAACAGAAGCACAUGUCACACUUCCAACAACAACUACAGCCCCUGUGACAACGACAGCCAUUUUGACAACAAAAGUACCAAUGGCAACAACAUAUUCAAAUGUUUGUCCACCAAUCAGAUGUGUCGCUCCAUGCAAUGUUGGAAUAACAUUCGGACCAGAUAAUUGUCCUAUUUGUAAAUGCAAAAAUUAAACGAUUUACAACUGAAUAA